AUGGCGACUCCCGGGAAGGCACGGCCCAUCAGAUGGAUCAUGGCGCAAUGGCAGUAUGUCGGCACACUUUUUCCGCAUAAAUACCCCGUCCAUUUAUUCAGUCCCAAACCUGUCACUUGGCCAGCGCUAGACGAUACACGCGAUUGUCACAGCAGCGAGAUUGCAACAUUCAAUCAGAUGAGCAACAAAGAAUAUACCCCGCUCACACAAAGAACCGAAGAGGAGGAAGAGGAACAAAGUGAAAUCUCGCUUGAAGCGGAUGGAGUGUGUACCCCAAGCACAAAACGGUCCAACUCGCCAUGGUACAUCGGUAUUGCCUUGGUUGCAUUCCUUGCGAUCAACGGGCUUUGCUUGAUGAUCAUGACCAACCGGUUCCGAGCUGCAUCAAUGGCACUGAAGCCACUGCUCGACUCCACGGAUACCCGGCAUCUGCCUCGCCCCGAUCAAUACGAUGGGCUAUGA